UAUGUGGAUCAACAGAAGGUUUCUGGAGUAGAAGGAGGGAGUGUCACUGUCCGUUGCUACUAUAGUAAUUCUGGAGAUAUGAAGUGGUGCAGGAUGGGUGGUGAUUGUGUGAGUGGGAAUUCUGGGACUUUAAAUGGAACAUCAGUGGCAUUAAUCUGGACUAGUGAUGCCAACAACAGAAAAGCCUUAACAGUGACUAUGAGUGGACUGAAGAUGGAGAACACUGACUGGUAUUGGUGUAGAGUUGGAAAACUAGAGAUGCCUGUUCACAUCACUGUCUGUCAACAAACUGCAACACAGAGAACCUCUAAGAUGACCUCAACAACCCAAGAUCCAACCCCUCCACAACCCUCUGCCUCUCCAACUGCUGAGCCUGUUCAGACUGACAACACAAGUCAAGGAGCUGAGGGGAACAUGGAGGAAGUCCACCAGAGGUCCGUGAAAGUCCUACUCAUCUCUAUGGGCAUGUUGGUGGUGGUGACAGCUGGUAUCCUAGUAACAUGGAAGAUGUGGAGAAGGCCUAAGGACAAUAAGGCCAAGGACCAGACAACUAACAACUCAGUGUCUGCUGACCCUGAGCAGGACAUUACAUACAGCACAGUGACCCACACCAGAGAAACAGCACAGCAGGAUCCAUUUCCUGAAGCUGAGGAUGAUGUCACAUACAGCACUGUCAUCCUCCAGCACAAGGCCCAACUAAAAGGACAGACAAAGUCAGCAGAACCAGAUGAUAAUGUGGUCUACAGCUCACUAGCUCUACAGGUGACCAAACAGCAGAGGGAAGCAGCACAACAGUGA